CUCUCUCUCUCUCUCUCUCUCUAGUCUAUAUCUCUUCCAUCCCCAUUUCAUGUGUCUUGAUAGAAGCAGCUAAAUUCACAGAACCGACCCCAGAACUUCUCCCCUCAGAAGAUUCUAAGAGGCCUCUGUACAGAAACAAUGGCUAUGUGCACAGUCUACACAGCCCAUUCUCUGAACUCAAGCUGUUCAAUCUCCACACCAACAAAGACUCAGUUGGGUUUUCACCAAAAACAAGUAUUCUUUUACAGCACCGUCAAGAAAACCAGCAGGAGGGGCAGCAGCAACUCGUCAGAGAUCACAUGCUCAGCAGAAUCAAAGACAGUUGUGAUUGGGUUAGCAGCAGACUCGGGAUGUGGGAAGAGUACCUUCAUGAGGAGAUUGACAAGUGUGUUUGGUGGUGCAGCCGAGCCACCCAAGGGUGGAAACCCAGACUCAAAUACCUUGAUCAGUGACAUGACUACUGUAAUUUGCUUGGAUGAUUACCACUCACUUGACAGAACAGGAAGGAAAGAGAAGGGAGUCACUGCUCUUGACCCAAAAGCAAACAACUUUGAUCUCAUGUAUGAGCAGGUCAAGGCCCUCAAGGAGGGAAUUGCUGUUGAGAAGCCUAUAUACAACCAUGUCACUGGUCUCUUAGAUCCACCUGAGCUUAUCAAGCCUCCCAAGAUCCUGGUCAUUGAAGGACUGCACCCAAUGUUCGAUCCUCGUGUAAGGGAACUCCUGGACUUCAGUAUCUACUUGGAUAUCAGCAAUGAGGUCAAGUUUGCAUGGAAAAUUCAGAGGGACAUGGCAGAACGUGGGCACAGUCUUGAAAGUAUUAAAGCUAGCAUUGAAGCCCGAAAGCCGGAUUUCGAUGCAUACAUUGACCCACAGAAGCAAUAUGCAGAUGCAGUGAUUGAAGUCCUGCCCACCCAACUUAUCCCUGAUGAUAAUGAAGGGAAGGUUCUGAGGGUUCGGUUGAUAAUGAAAGAAGGGGUCAAGUUUUUCAGCCCAGUUUACCUAUUUGAUGAGGGCUCCACUAUUUCCUGGAUACCCUGUGGCAGGAAACUGACUUGCUCAUAUCCUGGCAUCAAAUUCUUCUAUGGCCCGGAGACUUACUAUGGCCAUGAGGUGUCUGUGUUGGAGAUGGAUGGGCAAUUUGACAGAUUAGAUGAACUUAUUUAUGUGGAGAGCCAUCUGAGCAACCUCUCUACAAAAUUCUACGGUGAGGUUACACAGCAAAUGUUGAAACAUGCAGAUUUCCCAGGUAGUAACAAUGGGACAGGUCUCUUCCAAACCAUAAUUGGAUUGAAGAUAAGAGACCUUUUCGAGCAGAUUGUCGCUAGCAAGGCCGCAGCUCCAUUAGAAGCAACCAAAGCCUAAUAAAAUGGACUUAGUGCGGAGUCAGCGCAAUCAUCCUUCACGGUUUUUUUCUCUUCAUCUUCAUCGAGUGUAAGCCCCUCAUUACAUUGAGAACACUCUUUAUGUAUUUCUUGUUGUAACCUUGUGGAGAUUUGUAACAUAAAGGAGCAAAGGAGAUAUGAAAUGCUGUUCAUAAGAUCAAACACAUUUCAUUUGGAAGCGUUGUUGGUACCUUUGGGUCAAAUGUCUACAAUGACUUCAAUUCCAUUUUUUUCCAACUUGGAUGUACUCAAUGCAAUCUGGGUGAACACAA